AUGGAUGGAGUGGAGCUUGAUGUAGCCGUGUACACUAUUAUCAUUGAUGGAUUCUGUAAAAGCGGGAGACUUGAUGAAGCGUGGGAUAUGUUUCACAGCUUAUCUCUUAAAGGAUUUGAUCCUGAUGUCAAAACAUAUACUGCAAUGAUCGAAGGUCUAUGCAUGGAAAGUUUGGUAGAGGAAGCUAAAAACCUUUUACAUAGAGGAUUUCUUGAUGACGGAACGAGAAUUUUCAAAUCGCGGGGUCGAAAAUAG